GAAAGUGACAGUUGAUGGGUGAGCGUCGCGUCCAGCGCAACACCGCACGGCAGACACACUUGAAGCGAGCGGCGACGCGAUAAGUAAAAGCGAACAUACGAAAGAAUAAAAGUUAACACGCAAACAAAUACAGCAGCAAAMAAAAAGAAAAAAACACAACAAAUAGAAACAAUUUCGUGUAAACAAACAAGCAAAAUYAAUUUAAUAACAAUAAAAAGGUUAAGAAAAAAAGGUGUCACGUUACAAUAAUGCUGUCAUCAAAGUCAUCUGUGUGUUUGUUCUUGUUGUUGUCGAUUGCAACACUAUUGCCAACAACAACAACGACGACACCGGCAACCACAAUGAAAACAACAACAAAKAAAUCAUUGCAAAGCAACCCGACAAAUCCGCAGAAUAUUGAAGAUUACGGCAAAAGCGUGAAAAUCAUUUUCCCAAACAAUAACGAUUCCGAGGACAACAGCAAAUUCGAUGUUUAUGGUUUGAAGACAACACCACCGCCACCAAAUCAGGAGGAAGUGAAAAUAGAAGAUAAAAUUGCCMCUACUGAAGCAACCAUUAAUACAACUAUGAAAUCAACAACGGGUGMCAGUGAUUCUGUUUCGAAUUCCACUGUAAAAUCAUUUGACAACCGUAUCGGUGUUCUAAAUCUGGCACCACACUGUCCGGAGGGAACCGUGAUAGUGAAUCAGCGCUGUCAUAAAUCAGCAUAAUGAUAGAAAAAGUGAAUUUACAUACGUAAAAAUAUGAUACUUUUAUUAAAACUUCGAAAUAAAUUUAGAUUACUUUUAAUUCAAUUUUGUGUAAAGAUUAGAAAUGUCGCAAAUUAGAUUUUUGCAGUCAAAUUUCGAUGAUUGGMAAAAGCCUUGACAUAAGUGUAUUGAGGAAAGGGAAAUCACUUCGAGAGGAUUUUGAAGAAUAAAUUCCGAAUUUUAAAAUAA